GCCAGCCCCUCGCCCCUCCACCACCUUCCUCCCGGGCGUUCUCUCGCCAAAUUCUUUCGCUUCCUUCUGUAUCUUUUUAUUAUUUUUCUGUCUUCUAAUAUUCCUUCUUUCGAUCCCUUUCUCCAGAGGUUGACCCUCUGGUUGGGAUCCCCGUUCCUGCGCUUGUCGCUUUGUCCCCUCCAACUCCCGCCAUCCUUUUCUUUGUUGGAAUUUCUUUCACCCCCCGACAUCUCUCACCAUGUCCGACGACUCCAUGGUGGAAUCCGUCUUCGACGACGAGGGAAGUUCCGACUUCGUCCCGGAACCUGCCCCUAAACCCAAGGCCAAAGCUGCCCCCAAGAAAGCGGCCCCUAAGAAGGCCGCUCCCAAAAAGACCCAGACCACUCUCACCGCAAAAGGCAAAGGUGCCGCCGCGAAGAAAGCCGUCAAUCUCGAGAGCGACGACGACUCCGGCGACAACUUGGAAGACGAUUCCGUCAUGUCGCAUACCCCCCCGAAGAAGGCCACCAAGGGUGCCGCCACCAAGAAGGCCGGCUCCAAACCCCUCGCCGACGUCGAGAAUGAAUCUUUUAUAGAUGACGCCGCUGAUGAAUUCCCCAAAGCCUCCGCGGCCAAGGGAGCCGACGCAACAGAGAAGUACCAGAAACUCACCCAACUAGAACACAUCAUCAAACGUCCCGAUACAUACAUCGGCUCCACAGAGCGCACCGAGCAGCAGAUGUGGGUCUACAGCACCGAGUCCGAGGGCAUGGAGUACCGCACCGUCUCCUUCGUUCCCGGUCUCUACAAGAUCUUCGACGAGAUCGUCGUCAACGCCGCCGAUAACCGUCAGAACGACAAGAACAUGGACGAGAUCCGCGUCACCGUCGACCGCGCCUCCGGCGAAAUCAGCGUCUGGAACAACGGCAAGGGUAUCCCCAUCGAGAUGCACGCCAAGGAGAAGAUCCACGUCCCCGAGCUGAUCUUCGGCCACCUCCUCACCUCCUCCAACUACGAUGAUACCCAGCAGAAGGUCACCGGUGGCCGCAACGGUUUCGGCGCCAAGCUCUGUAACGUCUUCUCCACCGAAUUCAGCAUCGAGACCCAGGACACCUCCCAGAAGAGGAAGUACCGCCAGACCUGGACCGACAACAUGACCAAGAUGGGCAAGGCCAAGAUCACCGACGCCUCCAAGGGCGAGGACUACACCAAGGUCACCUUCAAGCCCGACUACGCCAAGUUCGGCAUGGACGGCAUGGACGACGACUUCGAGGCCCUCGUCAAGCGUCGCGUCUACGAUCUGGCGGGCACCACCAAGGUCGCCGUCAAGCUCAACGGCUCCCGCAUCCCCAUCCGCAACUUCAAGAAGUACAUGGAGAUGUACACCAAGGCCAUCCGCCGCGAGCGCGGCGACGACGGGCCCGCCCCCAAGGACGAGAUCAUCACCUGCAACCCCGACCCCCACUGGGAGGUCGGCUUCACCGUCUCCGACGGCGCCUUCCACCAGGUCUCCUUCGUCAACUCCAUCGCCACCACCUCCGGCGGCACCCACGUCAACUACAUCGCCGACCAGAUCUGCAACCGCCUCGCCGACCAGGUCAAGAAGCGGAACAAGAACGGCGCCACCCUCAAGACCGCCCAGAUCCGGAACCACAUCUUCAUCUUCGUCAACUGCCUCAUCGUCAACCCCGCCUUCACCUCCCAGACCAAGGAGCAGCUGACCACCAAGGCCUCGCAGUUCGGCAGCAAGUGCCCGCUCGAGGAGGACUUCUACCGCAAGGUCCUCAAGACCGAGGUCAUGUCCAACAUCCUCCACUUCGCCCAGCAGAAGGCCGACCAGAUGCUGAAGAAGGGCGACACCGGCCGCCGCUCCCGCAUGAACAACCCCAAGCUGACCGACGCGAACCGCGCCGGCACCAAGGACGGCCACCACUGCACCCUGAUCCUGACCGAGGGUGACUCGGCCAAGGGCCUGGCCAUGGCCGGCCGCGCCGUCGUCGGCCCCGAUCUCUUCGGCGUCUUCCCCCUGCGCGGGAAGCUGCUCAACGUGCGCGACGCCUCCUUCGAGCAGAUCGCCAAGAACGCCGAGAUCCAGAACAUCAAGAACUUCAUCGGCCUGCAGCACAAGAAGGAGUACACCGAGACCCGCGGCCUCCGCUACGGCCACCUGAUGAUCAUGACCGAUCAGGAUCACGAUGGCAGCCACAUCAAGGGCCUGCUGAUCAACUUCCUGCAGGCCCAGUUCCCCAGCCUGCUCAAGAUCCCCGAGUUCCUCAUCGAGUUCAUCACCCCGAUCGUCAAGGUCUGGAAGGGCGACCCCAAGAACCCGACCAAGCAGCGCUCCUUCUUCACCAUCCCCGAGUACGAGAGCUGGCGCGAGGCCCACGCCCACGAGCGCGGCUGGGACCACAAGUACUACAAGGGUCUGGGGACCAGCACCACCGAGGACGCCCAGGUCUACUUCCGCGACCUCGACCGCCACCUCAAGGAGUUCCACACCAUGCAGGACAACGAGUCCCAGCUCAUCGAGCUCGCCUUCUCCAAGAAGAAGGCCGACGAGCGCAAGGAGUGGCUGCGUCAGUUCCGCCCCGGCACCUUCCUCGACCACAGCGUCGACAAGAUCUCCUACACCGACUUCAUCAACAAGGAGCUGAUCCUCUUCAGCAUGGCCGACAACAUGCGCUCCAUCCCCUCCGUCGUCGACGGCCUGAAGCCCGGCCAGCGCAAGGUGCUCUACACCUGCUUCCGCCGCAACCUGCGCAAGGACAUGAAGGUCGUCGAGUUGGCCGGUUACGUCUCGGGCCAGACCGCCUACCAGCACGGCGAGGGCUCGCUGCAGCAGACCAUCGUCGGCCUCGCCCAGACCUUCGUCGGCUCCAACAACGUCAACUGCCUGGAGCCCAGCGGUAACUUCGGGAGCCGGCUGCAGGGUGGCUCCGACUGCGCCAGCGCGCGUUACAUCUACACGCGCCUGUCCCCCUUCGCCCGGCGCGUCUUCCACGCCGCCGACGACCCCCUGCUCACCUACAACGAGGACGACGGGGCGAAGAUCGAGCCCGAGAUCUACGUGCCCGUCGUGCCCAUGAUCCUCAUCAACGGCGCCGACGGCAUCGGCACGGGCUGGAGCACCUCCAUCCCCAACUACAACCCGGAGGACGUCGUCGCCAAUCUGCGGCGCUUGAUGGACGGCGAGGAAGUCCAGACGAUGCAGCCGUGGUUCCGCGGCUUCACCGGCGAGGUCCAAGCCCUCGGCGGGGACCGCUACAAGUUCAGCGGCAUCAUCCGGGAGAGCGGCGAGAAGGAGGUGGAGAUCACCGAGCUGCCCAUCCGCUCGUGGACGCAGGACUUCAAGGACAAGCUCGAGGACAUCAUCAAGGCCGACAAGACGCCCUCCUUCAUCAAGGACUACAAGGACUACAACACCCACACCAAGGUGCAUUUUGUCAUCCAGAUGGACGAGAAGCACACCAAGAUCAAGCCCGAGGACUACGAGGACAAGUUCAAGCUGACCAAGACCAUCGCCACCUCCAACCUGGUGGCCUUCGACCCCGAGGGCCGCCUGACCAAAUACACCACCGUCGAGGACAUGCUCAAGGAGUUCUACGCCGUGCGCCUGAAGUUCUACGAGCGCCGCAAGCAGCACCAGCUCGCGGAGCUGCAGCGGGAGCUCGACAAGCUGACCAACCAGGCCCGCUUCGUGCAGAUGAUCAUCGACGGGGAUCUGGUCGUCUCCAAGAAGAAGAAGGCCGUCCUCGUCCGAGAGCUGAAGGACAAGGGGUUCAAGCAGUUCCCCAAGGUCGCCGAUGCCGCCAAGGCUGGCGAGAUCGAGCCUGCCCUCGAGGACGAGGAAGAGCCCGCCGACGAUGCCGAGGAGUCCGGCGACGUUCAACCGGGCGCCUACGACUACCUGCUCGGCAUGGCCAUCUGGUCGCUGACCCAGGAACGCGUCGAACGUCUCCGCCGCCAGAUCGGGGACAAGGAGGUCGAGAUCGACGCCCUGAUCAAGCGGACCAAGGAGGAUAUCUGGCGCGAGGAUCUCGACGCGUUCAUCAACGAGUGGCGCUUCCAGCUCGACGACGAGUCCCGUCGCCAGCGCAAGGUGGCCAACCUGGACCGUCGCACCUCGUCCAAGCUCAUGACCGCCGUGGGCCGUGGCAAACCGGCGGCGCGCAAGCGCAAGGCGAUCGCCGGCGAUGACCCGGAUGACGAAGAUUUUGCCGCACCCAAGCCGAAGAAGGCCGCCGCCGCGAAGAAGGCGGAGCCCAAGGGUGGCCUGAUGAACUAUUUGAAGCCGGCCGCCAAGCCGAAGGAGGAGGAGGAUGGGGACCAGGAUGUUGACAUGUCUGACGUGGAAGAGGUCAUGCCCAAGAAGAGUCGUGCCGCACCAAGGGCUGCCGCCAAACCUGCCGCCAAGGGGAAGGCCAAGCCCAAGGACGAGGACGACGACUCGCUGGACGACGAUGACUUCAUGGAGAUCGCCAAGGAAGAGGCGACCAAACCGGCCGCACUGCCGUCGCGUGCCGCCCGCAAACCCGCCAAGAUCACCGAGCUGGACGAUUCCGACAGCGACGAUGGGGAUGAUCUGCUGGGAGAUGUCAGUAAGAUGGUCAAGGGCAUCGGCGGCAACGACGCCUCGUCCGAGUCGCGCGAGCUGUUCUCGGAGCGACCCCACGCCGGCAACAGCCCGGCGCUGGGUACGAACUCGCGGACCGCCAAACGAUCGGGCGAUUUCGAUCCCGACGAGACCGACUACAGCAAGUUGAUCCCGCAGAACUCGCCGCGGCGGGCCCUGCAGGUCAAGUCCAAGGAGAAGCCGGCGACCGCUGACGAGGAUGAGGGCGACGACGACGACGAAGAAGAGGACCCAGUAGUGGCAGCGAAGCCAGCAGCCAAGGCCAAACCGGCCCCUAGAGGCAAGGCAGCCGCAGCGCCCAAGGCAACGGCAGCCAAGACUCGCGGCCGGCCCAAGAAGGACGCAGCCGCCCCCGCAAAGCCAGCUCCUAAGCAGACCAAGGCGGGCGCGAAAAAGAAGGUAGUCGACUCCGACGACGACAUCGACGCCAUGGCCAACGACAUCCUGGAUUCGCCCGCCGGCAAGAUGGGCGCAGACUCGGAGGAGGACGCCCCGCGCCGUCCGGCCCGACAGGCGGCCGCUCGACCGGCGCGACGGACGGCCGCUGCGAAGAAGACUUACGUGAUUGAGGAUGAUAGUGACGAUGGGGGGGAUGAUUCUGCGGAUGAUUUUGAUGAUGAGAGCGAGUAGUCG